AGACCGUAUGGGAAAGGAAGGAGAGGGUUGGUGGAGAAUUAUAAAUACUCUGGUGUCUCGCAUUAUUUGUAUAUGUGGCCUCUGAAUGGAUUCCGUUCAUACUCUGCAGUACAGCACAUGCGUCAUUUGGGUGGACCGUUGCUAUCCAUAACUGGCUCAUAUCGUCACUUAACCGAUGUUGUUCGAGGCGACCCCGAGUACGUACGACUCAAACAAUGA